AUGUCACAAGCGAGUUACAUGUCGACUUCUAGUUCUGCAUCACGAAGAAGACAAGUUCGUUGUUUCUGUGACCUUGAUUCACCUAUCACUAUUUCGCGGACUACCAGAAAUCCUGGGAGGAGGUUUAAUGGGUGUGAGUUAUACAAGGGAAGAAAUGGAUGCAAUUUCUUCAAUUGGUACGAUGAAGAAAUGUUCGUUCGUGUAAAGGAGGUUAUUUUGUCAGUAAUAAAGAGAAUUGAUGAACUUAAGAAGAAGGACAAUAUAAAGUUGAAACAAGAUGAGGAUUUGAAGAAGAAACUAAAGUUUUGGAAAGGAUUGGUUUUUGCAUAUGUUGUUGUCAUAAUGGGAUUGAUCAGUAUUGUUAAAUUGAAGAAUUGA